AGCUCCUGAGAGGGAGACGAGAGAGCGAGAUGAGGAAAACAGACGGAGAAAAGGCCUCUCUUUAAAUAACAUGCCACCAGAACUUCUGCAUGGUGACAAAGAGAGCAAAACCUCCUGUUGUCUGUUCAAGAGUUCAUAGCCAUAGCCCGACAGAACUUACCUAGUAGUCACUGAAUACGUGAUGUGCAGCGAGGCCCUACGUUUUUAUGCAGCAAUGAGAUCAUCUAAAGCGGCUGGGUGUUUGCAAAAGAAGACUUCAAAAGCAUACAGACACUUAAUCUCUAAAUCAAGCUGAACGAUGCAUUAGAGGAAGCUGAACUGGCUGUACAGAGAUUUCAUGCUGAAGGAUGAAUAGUGAAGAAGAGUUCUAUGAUGCCGUUACGGGCUUUGAUUCUGACAAUUCUUCAGGAGACUUUUCGGAAGCAAAUCAUAAAGUUGCAGAAAUGCUUGAUCUCGAUCCACACCAAAGCAAUAGGACGGGAAAGCAUAAUGGAGAGACAGAGAUUCAAGAAAAUGGAAUUAAGAGGCACAGGACAUCAUUACCUGCCCCAAUGUUUUCUAGAAGUGAUUUUAGUGUGUGGAGCAUAUUAAAAAAAUGCAUUGGACUGGAGUUGUCUAAGAUUACAAUGCCCAUUGUCUUCAACGAGCCAUUGAGUUUCCUUCAACGGAUAACUGAAUAUAUGGAACACAUAUACCUCAUUAAUAAGGCUUGUAGUCAUGCAGACCCCUUGGAAAGAAUGCAGGCUGUAGCUGCUUUUGCAGUUUCUGCUGUAGCUUCUCAGUGGGAGAGAACUGGCAAACCAUUUAACCCACUGUUAGGAGAAACCUAUGAAUUAACCAGGGAGGAUUUAGGAUUUAGGUUUAUAUCUGAGCAAGUCAGCCACCACCCACCUAUUAGUGCGUUUUAUUCUGAAGGCCUCAAUAAGGACUUUAUUUUUCAUGGAUCAAUCUACCCCAAACUAAAAUUCUGGGGAAAGAGUAUAGAAGCGGAGCCACGGGGAACCAUUACUUUGGAGCUUCUAAAGCAUAAUGAAGCUUACACAUGGACAAACCCAACCUGUUGUGUACAUAAUGUAAUUAUUGGUAAACUGUGGCUAGAACAAUAUGGAACGGUAGAAAUUGUAAAUCACAGUACUGGAGAUAAAUGUGUCCUUAAUUUUAAACCAUGUGGAUUGUUUGGGAAAGAGCUUCACAGAGUAGAGGGAUACAUCCAGGACAAAAACAGAAAGAAGCUGUGUGUCAUCUAUGGCAAGUGGACAGAAUGCUUAUGGUGCACUGACCCCACUACAUAUGAGACUUACAAAAAGAAUGAGAAGAGAGGUGGUGAACAGAAGAAAUUGAAGCCGAGUGAAGAUGUUAUUAAAUCGGAAAACGAUGAGGCUGAUGAUAUGCCAGAAGUUCAAGACACUGUGCAGUUUAUACCUGGCAGUAAAUUGCUUUGGAGAAUAAAUUGUAGGCCACCAAACUCAUCACAGAUGUACAAUUUCACCAGUUUUGCUGUGAGUCUCAAUGAACUAGAGAAGGGCAUGGAAGCAAUACUAGCUCCCACUGACUGUCGGCUACGUCCAGAUAUCAGAAACAUGGAAAAUGGAAACAUGGAUGUGGCUAGUAAAGAAAAAGAGAGACUAGAAGAGAAACAAAGAGCUGCUCGCAAGGAGCGUGCAAAAGAUGAAGUGGAGUGGCAGACACGGUGGUUUCAUCAAGGCACUAACCCAUACACUGGGACUUCAGAUUGGCUGUACUCAGGUGGCUAUUUUGAUAGAAAUUUUUCAGACUGUCCGGACAUCUAUUGAAAUAACGGAACCAAUAGCUCAUCUCAUCUGGACAUCUAGUUACUAGAUUUCAUUGUAAGCCAGUUAGUCUGGUUUUGUUAAUAACAAAACUCAGCUUUUCUAAGUAAAUCCUAACAAAACAUCUAUCAGUCAACAAUCAAGGAGUUAAUGAUCACUAAUGUUGGAUUGCCAAAUAUUUAAACACUGUUGCAUUCUUUUCAUAAAGCUACAUCUGAAAUCAUCAUAUUUUAACUAAUUUUUAAAGGGACCUUUGGAUCUCCAUUUUUUUUUUUCCCCUAGUUUUUGUCAGGAAGGUAUGGUGUAUCUGGUAGAGCUUGUAACAUCCUUGAAAACUAUGUAACUUUAAGAAAAUAGAGAUAAUAUCAUCUUUAUUUAGUAGAGUAGUGAGGAAUCUGAAGUUCUUGGAACUUGGAGCAGGGAUGAAAAGUUAAUAAGGUACAAACACGAUAAAACCUAGUACUGUGGAUAUUUCCCAUGAAGAGAUGCAUGUGAAACUUUCAUACAGUAUGUAGCACUAUGUGGGGAUUGGAGCUCCUAGCCCCUCUCUCUCAAUAUGAUUCAAUAAUUCAAAGACUUUGAGAAGCAACAAACAACUUUAGCUACUCAAACUGUAGUCGUCUGUUACGAAGUCUUCACAAUUUCUGGUCACUGUGAGCAUUAAACUAUAUACCUGUGAUAAAAUUACAUAAAGCAUAUGUUAAGAGAAGAGCAAGGUGCAUUAAUCGAUGAGUGCUUUUUCUGAAGUCUAAUGCUGUUCUUAAAGUAUGAGAAACUUCAGAACCAAUUGCAGGAAUGCAGAGGUGGUUACAAUGUAAAAUAUAUUGCUUGCUACCACUUGGAGGCUUAGAUCUUCUGCACUACUUCUGGCAGCUUUGGCACUAAAUAUGCUUCUAGACUAAACUUUUAUUUGGAAACACUUGGUAUGUAUAUCCACACAGAUCUCAUAUUUCUGGGAUGUUUUUGUUUGCAUGUUUUUCAUUAUUAGGUCAUGUCUGUUUUGUAUGUUGUGAAAAAGCAGAAUCAAUUUCAAGCUGUGGCAUAGUUACCUAUUACAUGUUUUCUAUGAGCAUGUGAUGUCAUAAAAGUGGAAUUUUUUUUGUUCCAUAUUGAAACAUCAAAGCCAUAUAAUAUUGAAAAUAAUUGAACUACAGAUCAAUUACUGAACUGAUAUAUUAAUUUUCUUUCAAAGUGAUACACUUCUGGUGAGGAGAGAGGGAAGGGAGGCUUGAAAAACUAGGUCUAGUAAUUAAAACUAAUCAUAAGGCUGCUUUUUUUUAAUGAAAACUUUUGAGUAACUAGGCAAAAAAGGAAAAUGGCUACACUGCAUUUAGGGUUAGGAUGAUAUCCCAGUAAUAGGAUUAAAAAGCAAAAGAAAGCUAACAUACUCAUGGAGAAACACUUUUGUAUCAAAUUAUGCAUCACCUGAUUUGACUAACUUAAUUUGGGGGAUUUAGUUGUUGUCUUCAUUGGAAAAAUGAGACAAAUGAUAAAAAUUCAAGGCAUUAAAAAGGCCUAACCUGAAAUGUGCUCAUGGCAACAUUUUUCUGUUGCCAGAAAUUAUACGUUGCUGAUUUUCUUGACACUCAAACUAAACAUGGUACUGUGGUGCAGAGAGUAGUUUUAUAGUUGUUUCUAAUAAAUGUGUAGACACUUGACUUUUAAAAAGACCUUGCUGAUCAGUAUGGGAUAGCAUAAAAAUACUUAUGAGCCUUUUUGUAAAAAUUAACAUUAAUUACUAUUCCAGGCACUGGAAUGCACCGUGCAGAUUUUCUGCUAGCUGACUAGGGAACCAUUCUUCUUAGAUCAGAAUUGAAAAGAUUCACAGGCUAAGCCAGUUUAACAUCUCAUGGGAGAUUAAAACUUGCUUAAGCUAAAGUAUGUGUUUAAUGUUGGAGUUUUAAAAGAAUGCAUUUGAAUAAAAUGGAAAAAUGAAGAGUAAUUGGUAAAGAAAUACCCUGUUUUUAAAAACGAAUGUACAGGUUAGCAUCCCUCUCUUCUGAGUUAGAAUUUUAAUUUAAAGACCUUUUUCGUUAUGCAAAAACAAUAUUAUACCGUGUUUAUUUGAAACUUCAGUAUAUGAACUUCAUGGAAUUUAAAAAUAAAUUGGCAAGUUUUCUAAAAUUAGAACACUUCAUUAGUUACGUUUUUACCCCCUUCCCCCCUCUCCUUAGUGUAAUGUUUUUAGGGAAAUCUCGAAUGGGUUCCAACUCUGUUCUUUUAAUUUAUUAUUCUUCACUGAAAACAUUUAUGAAAUAUUUUCUCAUUGCUGCUGAAAAGUCUGCCUGGCGAGCCACGGGAUACCCAAUAGCACAUUGUGAUCGCUCUGAAAGUGAUAAAACUUUAUUUUAAAUGCAGAUCUCGCCUCAGUAGUUUACAAGUCAAAACAUUAACUUUGCACCUUUUAAAAGAAUGUCACUUUUGUAACUUGAUUAAGCACUGUAUAUAAGAUAACUGUGUUAGUAUAUAUUAAUACUGUAGAGAAACCAUCUAGAAAGAAAUUAUAAUAAAUGCUUAAUUCCCUUUGGGCCUCUAGGUGGUGAGGGAGGUUUAUGUACAGGGAGGCAGGUACUGGGGCAGCUGUCUGCUGUGGUGGACACGGGUGGAGAUGGCUGUGGCUUUGCUGCUCACCAGGGCCAGGUCACUUACGGUCACCACAAUGUUUGUGGUGCAAGAAAUGAUUUAAAUCAGAGCUCUGAGUGCUACAGGGGACUGUGAGGUGAGGGCGAUGCCCUCGUGGAGGGACGGGGCGGCUGCUGAGAGCUCUGGGGCAGUGGGAUUUCAUUGUGUGGGUGCUGUGCGCUUUGUGUAGCGGUGCCUGAGGGGUGGGCGCAGCUUCUGCAGUAGUGCACUGUGUAAUGGUUGGUACCGAAUUGAUGCGAAGAGGAAUAUGCUCUGAAUUGGCCAGACAAAAAAAAGCAGAGCUAAAUAGCUGCAUUUACAGCUGUGUAAUGACUGAAAAUAGUUUCUUAGUGAAUUGAGACCUUACAGUGGAAAUUGUUUGGCUGAAGGGCUCCCAGAAUCUCCACAGCUUUCCCCCAGAACUGUCACCGAAGGUGUGAGUGUGGCUCUGGCCUGCGGCCUGGCCUGCUGCAGCUCGGCUUGUGUCAUGCACCUGAGUGGGGUCGGAGGGAGAGGGAGGCCCGGCCGUGCAAUGAGGCCUGGCCCUGCGGUAGCGCUGAGUGAAAUGCAUUUAUUUUUGUAAUAUUUAAUAACUGUUAAUGCCCGUCUCUAUUAACAACCGUCUUUGGCUUUUUAGAGAAGUCUGUACAGGUCUGCGGACGUCAAUGUUACACUGUAAAGCUGUAAAUCCGAAUAAAGCUCAUUUUGAAGAAGA